AUGUCUUGUGGCGUGAACGGCUUUCUCCAGGCCGAAAUGGACGAAAGAGACCUGGCCAAAAGCACCGUCGAAGUGCCGUCAACACCACCUCCGGCCGACGUGAUCCUUACGUCGCAGGAGUCCAUCCUGUCAACAGAGGGGCCGGGCUCGCCCACGGACGAGGACCGUUGCUUCCGCGCCGAGCUCAUCGACGAGAGCAACGUCGUUGACUUGCCAGCCGUCAUCUCCCAGACUCCUCCUCCGUCUUCCCAAAUACAAAACCACCAUCAACAACGACUGCCCCAAUUGAUCCACACAGGCCAGAACGGCCAGUCCACAUCAGCGAGCGGCUACGUCAGCUCUUCGCAGCGCUCGGCUAUCCCAUCUCCCCCCGUCACAGGCCUGAACUCGGCAAGCAGAGACCGACGCGGAUCUGCUGCAUCCCCCUUCACCAUGGAGUAUGUGCCCCCUUCAACCUCUCAGAUCGCUGCCGCCUCGUCGGACGAGCUCCGGGCCAUGCUGCAGGCCAGCAUGGGCGAGCACACGCGGCUGAAGAUGGAGACGGCCCACCACAAGCUGCAGUUUAACCUGCUGAACCUGCAGGCUGACGAGGAUGCAAAGCGGGCUGCCGUUGAGCACGAGAUGACCCGGCGGGAGGUGGAGGCGCUGCGCCAGGCCGAGAGCGCCCGGCAGGCCCGUCGCGACCUGGGUGGCGCCAUCGAGUCGUCGCAGGCCAAAUACCUGCAGCUGAAAGCGGCGUACGACGAGCUGGUCGAGGAGAACGAGAGCCUACAGAAGCGGGUGAAGCUGGCCAAGCGCCUCAUCCAGCAGAAGGAGGAGGAGACAGUCAACCUGGGAGACGAGAAGGAGCUGCUGCUCAAUCGUCUGCGUGAGAACCGCGAGCACUUCCACCUGCUCUGCAGCCCUGGCGGCAUGUUCCAUGGUGCCAUGACUCCCAAGACCAACACGUCGCCUGUCCACACCCGCGGCACGCCGAACCAGACCCCACGAGCGAAGACGAACAAUGCAAACAGCGGCCGGUUGGCCAGGGACCACGGCGCCGAGCCGAUCGCGGCUCUGCUUCAGGCUCUGAGCCAGGAGAACAACAGUGCGCCCAACACGCCCAUCACCGGCCAUCGUCCGACGCCUCGCAACGUGGCAAGGCACCAGCGCAAUGUGCAGUCCAUGUCAUCGCUUCCCACUACACCGUUGGGGCCGUCAGGACGGCCGCGCACCGGCUACUCGGGGCUGCUGCCAUCGGCUGACCUUGUUCCCCAGACGGAACCGGCGACACUGCGCUUCAACGGACACUUUGGUGUGCCCAGCCUGAGCGCCAGUGUUGGUGCUAAAGCCAGCACCGGCCGCGAUCGCAACCCGCCCGAAACUCCGACACGCCAUCGUCACCGGCUCCCGGACUUGCAAGAGCGAGACCCGAGCCGUGAGAGCACCAUUUCGGCCGACGAGGAGGCCGGGAGUGGACAUGCCAACGAAGAGCUCGCAAGACAGGCAUUCGAACUAGUGGCCGCGCGAACUCAGGCCCACCAGCAGUCGUCGGCAUCCAGCUUUCCCCGUCUCUCGCAGCCGCGUGCCCAUGCGCAUGCGCACACACAGUCACAGCCGCAGUCUCUGUCGUUCUUCCACAGCCGGCCGGACGACGACGUGUUUGAGAGCCAGGCGAGUCAGGCGGCCUUGGCGAUGCUGCGGAGAGACGCGCGCGAGAGCUUCGAGGUGGCCAGCUCGGCAGACGACUUGCGUGACGGCACACCCGCGACGUCGCAGGGGCUCGCGGAGAAGUCGGCCAAGCUGCAGGCGAGGCUCUUUGGCGGGCUAAACAAGGUCGGCGCCACAUCUGUGGACAAGCGCAAGUUCAGCGGCGCCAUCGGCUCCGGUCAAGGCGGAGUCGGCAGUGCCGGUGGUGCAGGCAGCUUGGACGGUCACCAGUUGAGCCCGGCCAAGAAAGUCCGCGUGGUUCCGUCGCUACGGGAUACCGACGACAGCCAUCGGCGCCACCACCAUUACCAGCAGGAACAGCGACAACAGGAGCAGCAACAACAACAGCUGCCACGUGUCGGCCUGGGCAUUCAGUACAACUAG